AUGAGGAUGGAUUACCAUGAUAAAUAUAAUUAUUUCAUGAAUAUAAAGCAACAUUUUUUCUUUAAAAAAAAGAUAAAAGAAUUUAAUGUAAAAUUAGGAGGUGACAAUGUAACAAACAAAUCCUUACUGAAUAUAUCCGAAAAACAACCCAAGUUUGAAAAUGAAGAAAAUGAAGAUAGUAAUAAUAUAAAUGAGAAUUUUGAAUAUGUAGAUGAAAAAAAGAAGACUAAAUUAAAUAGUAAGAACAGUAUGAAUAAUAAGUUCAAUAAUAAUAACAUGAUGAAUGAUAACAACAUCAUUAAUUGUAAUGAUAAUCCUAUUUUUAUUGAAGAGAGUAUACCCAAACUUACUCAUAACAUAACAACAGAUAUUCAAAAUAUAGGUAGUAAUGAAGAUACACAAGAUAAUAUCUUAUCUUCAUAUGAGAGUAGUUGCACUAAUGAUACAUAUUGUAGUAGUUAUUAUAUAAAGGAUAAUAAUUUAAAAAAUGAAUUUAGUGAUUCUUGUAGUAAUAAUAUAUAUAACUCAAAUAAAGAAGAGUUAAAUGAUUUUAUGGAUAAUGAAAAUAUGAAUAAUGUACAUGAAAAAAAAAAAGAAUGUACCCAUAAUAUAGAAGAUGGUAAUGCUAUAAAUGAACCAUUAUAUGUAGAACAUCAUAUACGACGAAAUAAUGAUAAUUUUGAUCAUAUAAAUUAUAAUGAACAUGGUAUUAAUAAUGUAAUGAAUCCCGUUAAUAAUAUGAUGAGUAUACAGAUGAAUUAUGAUUCAUCCAUAAUUAAUACAGAUAAAAAGAAAAAAUGUGAACAUAUUAAUAACACAAUUGAAGAAUUAGAUAAUUUAUGUUUAAGUGAAAAUGAACACAUUCAGAAUAUCGAAGCAAAUAAUAUAAACAAUAAAAAAACAAAUGAUAGUGUGACGAAUAAAAUAAGUGGUGCCAAGGCUAAUAAGGGAAAUAACAGUAAUAAUAAUAACAAUAAAUCAAAUAAUAACAAAACAAGUCAUAAUAAUAAGUCAAAUAAUAAUAAUAAAGAUGAUGGUAGUAAGAAUAAUAACAAUAAUAAUAAUAACAAUAGUAAUAAUAAUAAUAAUAAUAAUAAUAACUAUGGAAAUAAUAAUAGUAAAAAAAAUAAUAAUAAUAAUAAUGACAAUAAUGAUAAUAAUAAUAAUAAUAACAACAAUAACAACAAUAACGGUGAUAAUAAUAAAAAUAAUAAUAAUGAUGAAGAUGAUGAUGAUAAUGAUAAUAAUGGAGAUAACAAAAAAAAUAAAAAGGAUAAAGGUAAUCAUAAAGACACAUCAAACAAAAAUAAUAACACGGAUAAAAUUAAUGAUAGUCAUAUGGUUAAGUCUGAUAAAAAAAAGAAAAAUACAAAAAAUAACACGAAUAAUAAAAAUAAUUCAUCCAUUAGUAAUACUAUAAAUAUGAAUGGUUCAUGUAUUGUAAAUAAUAAUAAUAAUAAUAAUAAUAAUAAUAAUAUUACAAAUCCAAUCAAUAAAAAUAAUGAAUUAUAUAAUAAAUUGUAUAAUAUGAACCCUCCGAAUACAUAUGAUAAUCAUGAAAAUAUAAUGAAUCCUGAAGAUGUUGUAAAUAUAAAACAUAUGGAUAUGAAAAUAUAUCCUAAUUUUGGAAACAUGAAUAAUAUGAAUAUAAUGAAUAAUGCCAAUAUGAUGAAUAAUGUAAAUAUGAUAAAUAAUGUGAAUAAUAUGAAUAAUAUGAACAGUAUCAACAAUAUGAACAAUAUGAACAAUAUAAAUUAUAUAAAUGAUAUGGUAGAUACAAAUGGAGUAGGCAAUUUUUUUAAUAUGCCAAAUAAUGGAUUUAUUAAUAUAUGUAAUAAUAAUGGUAAUAAUAACAAUACCAAUAAUACUAAUAACAAUAAUAAUAACAAUAAUAAUAACAAUAAUAAUAACAACAACAAUAAUAACAAUAAUAAUAAUUACAUGUCAAAUAUAAAUUAUGUUCAUAACCCUAAUUAUAUACCUAAUGGUAAUAUUAAUAAAUUAAAUAUAAAAACAAAUAUACAUUCUAGCGAAAAUGAUAUGAUGAAUAAUAAUUUCAAUCCAAAUAAUGGUAUGUUUACAUCUAGUUAUUCUGAGAUAAAUAUGAUGAGAGAACAAGACGAUUUAAACAAUAUGAAUAAUGGUCUCUUUAUGAAUUACAAUAAUAAUAUGAUGAUGAUGCAACAUGGAAAUAAUGGUGAUAUAUUUUUUAAUGAACCUAAUAAAGAUAAAUUAUAUUUAAAUAAUGAAUCAUUGAAUAAUUAUCAUGAUGAAAAAAAUAAUAGUAAUACGAAUAUAAUAUUUUUAAGUGGUACUAUGAAUCCAAAAUUUGAAGAAUCAAAUAUUACACCAAAAAAUGGUUUACAUUAUGAAAUGUUAAAUAAUAAAGAAAUUAUGAAUAUAGGUGAAUUAAAGGUUGAAGAAAAUGAUCUUAUGCAUGGUAUGCCAAGAAAUGAUUGGAUGUAUAAUAAUAAUAAUAAUAAUAAUAUAAAUCAUAUGAAUCACAUAAAUAAUAUGAAUCACAUAAAUAAUAUGAAUCAUAUAAAUAAUAUGAAUCAUAUAAAUAAUAUGAGUCCUAUAAAUAACAUGAGUCAUAUAAAUAAUAUGAGUAUUCACGAAGAGCAACAGAAUAAUUUUAAAAACCAUUUUGAAAAUAAAAUUAAUGAAGAAUCAAGAUCACAUAAGAAAAAUAAAAAAAGUGUUUGCGAUAUAAACAAUAAUAAAAGUAAUGAUAAUAAUAACGAAUAUGUAGAAGAUGAAAAACAUAUGAAUCAAAAUUUAGAAGAUAGCUUAAAUUAUAAUGAAGCAAGUACUUUGAAUUUAUUAAAUAUUUCUUUUAACGAAAUAUUUCGUGAUAAAAAAGAUUUAAUCGAUAAAGUUAUUACCAAAAAAUUUAAAUAUAAAUUAUCCAAAAUUUUAAAAGAUAUAAACCAAGACAAUAUAAAAUCAAAAGCAAAAAAAAUAAAACGAUUAAUUGAAAAUGAAAAAAAAUGUGAUAAAUGUGAACAAGAAGAAGAUGAUGCAAAAAAUGUAUCUUCUUUUAACAAGAAUAAUAAUGAAACUAGUGAGCCAUCGAGUAGUGCAAAAGUAGAAAAAAUAGAUGAAGAUAGUUUAAGUUGCAAAUCAACUCCCAUCGAUGAUAAUAAAAAGAUAGAUAAGAAAGAGCAUCAUAGUAAUAGUCAGAUAAAGGACAAAAAGAAAGGUGCUGGUUCUAAUAACGAAAUCGUAAAUAAUACCUUAGAGGGAGCAACAAAACAAGGAAAGGAUAAAGAACAAGAAGAGAAAAAGAAAAAAAAUAAUAAGAAGAAUGAAAAAAAAGAAAAAAAUGAAAAAAAUGAAAAGAUUGAAAAAAAUGAAAAAAAUGAGAAGAUUGAAAAAAAUGAGAAGAACGAAAUGAAUGAAGGGAAUGAAAAGAAUUCAAUUUUGAGCCAAACUGUUUCAUUAAAUGGUGAUGCUGAACAAAACAUAAAUGAUAUAAACAAAAAUGCUCCUCAAAAAAAUUCAUUACAAUCAGAUAUAUAUGAUGAAUUUUCACACCAAAAAAUUAGUAAUGAUGAUAUAUGUUGUAUAAAUGAAGAUGAUGUAAAAUUAAAUAAUGAAAAGCAACAAGGUAAAAGUUCUAAAAAAAAUAAGAAUAAUAUAAAUAAUAAAGAAGGUAGUUCAACGUUUCUUGAUGAAAAGAAAAAAAGUCAGUUGACAGAAAAUGAAGAGAAUAAUAUGAAAAGUGUAGAUGAUAAUAAUAAUAAUAACAAGAAUAAUGAUAAUAUUGUUAAAGGGGGUAAUAAUGUUACUUUAUUGAAGAACAAGAAAAAGGGAAGUGUAACAUAUGAUUUGAAAAAUAAUGUUGAAAUAGGAAGAUAUGGAAAAAUACAAGAAAAUAAUGAAACAAAAACAGAUGAUGAUCAACCUAUAGGAGAAAAUAGUUUAUUUGAUAACAAUUUUGAAGAUUAUACAUACUAUACUGAUUAUACAGAUGAUCCUAUUAUGAGUGAUGAUAUUAGUGAUGAUUAUGAAGAUGGUGAGGAUGAAGAGGAGGAGAGUGAUGAUAGAAAUGAUGAUAAUAAAUAUAUUACAGGUAUUAAUGAUAGAUAUAAAGAAAUAAAAAUUGAAGAUGAUGUACAAAUAAGAAGAGAUGUAUUUUUCUUUAAUUUGUUAAAAAGUGUAAUAAAAAAGAAAACAUCAGAAGAUAUGUUAAUAUAUAUGAAUUUCUUAAACAAAAUAAAAAUGGAGAAAAUAUUUGAUAAUAUAAUACAACUAUCAUGUGAAAUAUUUAAAACAUUAUUAAAUUUUAUAGAAAUAACCAAAGAUUCAUCUACAUAUAGAUUAUUACUUAAAAAUUUAGGUGCAUGGAUAGGAAUUAUAACCAUAGGUAGAAAUAAGCCAUUAAUGUCGAAAUAUAUGAAUAUUAAGCAAUUGAUUUUAUAUGCAUAUGAUAAUGGUUAUUUAAUAGUAACAUUUCCAGCAUUAUGUAAAAUAUUAGAAAGUAUAAAAAAUUCCAAAAUUUUCAGACCACCCAAUCCAUGGACUGUUAGUAUAUUGAAUUUGUUAGGAGAAUUACAUGAAGCCCAAUCAUUGAAAACUAUUUUAAUUUUUGAAAUAGAAAUACUUUUUAAUUAUUUUAAGAUUAAUGUAUUUGAUUAUUAUAAUAAAUGCAAUAUAAUAAAAUCUCGUAACUUACCAGUAAAUUCUAAUGAUUUGUUUUUUAGAAAUAGUUUUAAUGAACAUGUAUCUGUGAAUAUUAACAGUAUAAAUGAAAAUAAUAAUAGUAUGAUUUCGGUUAAUGAAAUUACACCUACUAAUUAUACAAAAUCAUUUAAUACUAAUAUUAUAUAUUCUGAAAAUUUGAUAAAUAUUAAUAAUGAUAGAACUAAUAGAGGAGGUUUAGGUUUAUCUAUAAAUAAGGAUGUAAGGUUUAAUAUGUUAAAUAAUUAUAACACAACUCAAUCUGCUCUUGCUACAUCGGAAGCGACAAGUAAUAAUAAUAAUAUUAAUAAUAAUAAUAGUAGUAGUAAUAAUAAUAAUAAUAAUAACAAUAAUAGUAGUAGUAAUAAUAAUAAUAAUAAUAACAAUAAUAACAAUAACAAUAACAAUAAUAAUAAUAAUAAUAGUAAUGAUUUCUUGAGUUUUAAGGGUGCUAAUUGUAGUUUAUUAAUUAAUAAUAGAAAAGAAGAUGAAGGAAAGGAAAAUAAUAAUACGAGAGACUUGAACAACAACAAUAAUAAUAUUAAUAUUAAUAAUAAUGCACAUAUUAUGAAUCAUUUAAAUCAAAACCAUGCUCAUUUAAGUAACGGCAAAAAUAUUGUUAAUAAUCUCAUAUGUAAUUCUUCAUCAGAUAUUAUGUUAUUAAACAAUAAUUAUAGGAAUACGUUCAGUAUGAAUCCUAACCUUAAUAAUGUAAAUAAUAAAAUUUUUAAAAAUAUAGAUUUAUAUAAAUCUACAAAUAAAAAUAUUCUUAACACUAAUGAUGUGCAUCAGAAGAGUAGUAGUGUAUCGAAGAAAUUAACAAAUCCAAAUAUUAUGAAGGAUAAUCAUUUAAAUACAAUAUCUAAUUAUUUAAGUAAUGAUCCUAAUAUUAAUCAUAUGUAUACAAAAAGUGGUAGUGUUAAUAAUAAUAAUAAUAUUAAUAAUAAUAAUAAUAAUAUUAAUAAUAAUAAUAAUAUUAAUAAUAACAAUAAUAAUACUUUUAUUUUAAAUAAUAGUAUGGAUAUGUAUCAAGUUGACAAUAAUAUAUAUAAUAAUAUGUAUGUUAAUAAAAAUAUGGAUAUAUCUAAUAUGAUGAAUAAUAAUGAAAACUUUACAAAAUGUAAUAAUAACAGUAAUGAAGAAAUGUGUGUAAAAGAUGUAAAAUUUUCAAAUAAAAAAAAAGAUAAGUUGAAUGAAAUUGAUUUUAAAAAUAAUAUACCUAAAAGUAGUAAUAACUACAAUAUAAAUAAAACGAAGUUUUCUGUAAAUAAUAAAAAUGAAACAUCGUACAAACUUAUGGAUAUGAAAAAUGGAAAGCUUGUACAUAACAAGGAAAUGAUAUAUUAUGAAAAUGUCAUGAAGGAUUCAUAUGCAUCAUCAUCACCAUCAAUGAAUAAUAUAAAUGUAAAAGGAAGUUAUAUGGAUUCAUCGUUAUUUAAGAAUAUGGCAUUAAAUAAUAAUUUAGAAAAAUUAAAAAUGAAUGAAUAUAAUAAUAAUAAUAAUAAUAAUAAUAUUAAUAAUAACAAUAGUGGUAGUAAUAAUAACCAAUAUAGUAAUAGUAAAAAUAAUAUGAUGUUACCACCAUCUGUUGUGUGCUCACCAUAUAUAGUUGGUAAUAAUGAAAUGAGUAUGAAAAAUCAUAUGAUGUAUCAAGAAAAUGCUAAUAAUCCAAUGAAUAAUAAUAAUAAUAAUAAUAUUAACAUCAAUAUAAAUAAUAAUAAUUAUAAUAAUAAUAUUAAUAUUAAUAAUAAUAGUGUUGUUUUCAAUGAAAUUCUAAAUGAUGAAAUAUUAAAUAUAUUAAAAAAAAACCUUAUAAUAUCACCAAAUAUACAAUUAAUUAAGAUACACCCGAAAUUUAAAGCAUUAAUAUAUUUAGCAUUCGAUUCAUCCAUUAAAGAAGUUAUUACAUCCAUUGUUGAUCGUUUUGUUUUGAUUGGAUGUAUAACAACAAGAGAAUUAGUUAAAAAAGAUUUUGCUAAUGAAUCUAAAGAAACUAUUAUGCAUAAAGUGUCUUUAUUAAUGGCAACAAGCAUAUCUUCAUCACUUGUUUUAGUGUCUUGUAAGAAACCACUUAAAAAUAUGUUAAUACAAAAUUUAAGAAAUAUUAUUGAACAAAACUUUCCAGAAAGAAAUCCUAAUUUAAUUAUUGUUGAUGAUUUUAUUAAAACAUUAAUUAAUGAUAAUAUUAAUCUAUUAUAUUUAAUUAUUGAACAAGUAGCUAUUGAAAAAUCAUCAAUAGAAAUCGAAGAAAUUAUGAAACCUAUAUAUGCUUCUAGAAAAUAUGCACGCAUUAAUAAAUUAAAUAUAAAUGAUAAUACAACAAAUAGAUAUUAUAAUGCUUUGCCAUCCUUUUUAAAAGCACAUAAUAUUACUUUAAAACAUAUACAGGUAUAUAAAAAUUUCAUGAACCUAAAAAUUUUUAAGAAGUUACAACAGAAAUUAUUAUCCAAUAAUAAUAACAUGGAACAGGGAAAUCAAGAAUACGAAAAUGAAAAUGCUCAAAUGAAUUAUCCAAAUAAAAGAAAUAUGGAUAACAAUCCAUCAAAUCAAUUUGAUCAGAAAGUAGGGGCAGACUUUAAUGAUUAUAAUAAUAAUGUGAAAAGAGAAUCUCAGAUAGAAUAUCACAACAAUAACAAUAACAAUAUUAAUAAUGGUAAUAAUCAGGAUAAUGGUUUAAUAAAAAUUAUUAAAAGAGACGAUGCUCCAAAGGAUGAUAAUAAUAAUAAUAAUAAUAAUAAUAAUGAAAAAACAAACAGUAAAUUUAUGGAUGAUAAUAAGUUCUAUCAUGAUAAUAAUAUUAUGGAUAAUAAUGAGGAUAAUAAUCAUAAUCUAGUUACGUCUCAUCAUAAAAAUCUAUCCAAAAUAAAUACCGUAAAUAAUAAUGGACUGAAUUUUAUUCCUUGUAAAAAUAAUAGUAUAAAAGAAAAUUCGAAUUUUCAUAUAGGUAAUUAUAAUUAUAUAAAUAGUAAUAAUAAUGUUAUAAAUUUUAUGAAUAAUAAUAAUUUAUAUAACUCGUGUAAUUUUAAUUAUAUGUAUAAUAAUAAAAACUCUUUUAAUUUUAACUACAAUAAAUCUGAUACUAAUUUUAAUACGAAUAGGUAUGUGAACGUAGAUAAUGUGAACACUGGUAAUAAUAUGCGCAUGUAUAACUCAUCCAGAAAUAUGGUUGAUACACAGGUAGGCAAUAUGCAAGUCAUUCAGAAUAACAACAAUAGUAGUGGUAAUAUGGAUACUGGUAUAUAUGAUCACAUUCAUGAUAAAAAUAAUGGUAACAGUAUUGAAAACAGCAAUGGUAAGAUAUGUAAUAUCAAAAAUAUCAGCAACAUCAACAAUGUUAACAGUAUUAAUAAUAGGAGGCAGAAGAAGAGUGAAUAUGAGAUGAAUAUGGACAAUGGCAAUAAUAGUAAUAUACAGGUGGGGGGUAACAUAAAUCAUUUCGAAGAUAAAACGUUUAGAGGGUUAACAGAACACAAUGAUAACGAUUCUGGUUUUAAUAAAAAUGGUUUAUUCAACAACAAUGUGUGUAAUAAUAUGAAUGGUUAUAUUCCAAAUAUGAAUUACAUGCAUAACAAGGAUGUUUUAAAUAACCAAGGAAAUAUGAUGAACAAUGAACAAUAUAUGAUGAUUAUAAAUAAUACAAUUAUGAAAAAAGGUAUAAUUAAAAAUAAUUUGUUUAAUGAACUGAAUAAUCAUUAUAUUGGUACAAAUAGCAAUAUAAUGAAUUCAAAUGAUCUGAACAAAAUGAAUGCAAUAUAUAAAAAUAUGAUCAGUAAUAAUGAAAAUAUAUUAAAUAAUAAUAUAAUUGAAAAACUUGUUAUGAAUAAUGACAUGUGUAAUGGUACUUUUACAACUAAUAGUAAUAAUAUUAGCAAUAUUAACAAUAUGAAUAAUAUUAACAAUAUGAACAAUAUGAAUAAUAUUAACAAUAUGAACAACAAUAUGAAUAAUAAUAUAAAUAAUACUUGUAUUAACAAAUUGAUGAAUAAAGAUAAUAUCAUGCAAUUAGAUAGUGAGAUUAAUAAUAAAAACAUAAAAAAUAAUGAUAACAUUCAUUUAAAUAAAGGUGCAAUGGAUAAUAAUCAAAAAUUCAUACAUAAGGACUCAAAAAUAAAUACUCCUAAUUCCAUUCAUGGAAACAAUAUAGAAUGUAAUGAAAAUAAUAAUAUGUACCUUAAAAAAUUAAAAAAUAUUGAUUUAUCAUGUAAGAAAAAAUUUUCUUUUUUUAUAUCUGAGAUUUUUUUAAAAGAAAAUAUAAAGAAAAUAAAUAUAAAGGAAAUUAUAUCACUUUUUGAAUUUUGUAUGUUAAGUAUUAAGGAAUAUAUUAAAUAUAUUAUGACAUAUGUUCCAUUGAUUCCAACUAAAAAUACAUUUAAUGAUUAUUGUAAAAUCAAAACAUCAUUUUUUAAAAUGGAAAGAAUUAUAAGUACAGAUGAACCUUCCCUCUUGUUAUUAUCAUGUUUAUCAUCGAAUCAUGAUAUUUUUAUUCUUUGUAAAAUUAUUGUAUAUGUAUGUGAAAACUGUACAAAUAAAAAUGAAGUAUAUAAAAUUAUAGGAACGAAAUUGUACAAACAUAUACAAGAAACUAUUAAAGAUGAAAAUAGUGUUAUUUAUUCGAAUAAAAUUAAUGAUAUAAUAAUACUAAACAAUGAAAAUAUAAAUGAGGAAGAAAAUAAUAAUACUACUAAUAGUUAUAAUAAUAAUAAUAAUAAUAAUAUUGGGGAUGAUAAAAAAAAUGUGAGUUCUUCUACAUACUGCUUUAAUAAUAAAAAAAAAUAUAUAUGUUCCUUAUCCAUUGACAAUAAUGAAUAUAAUAUAAAUAAAAAAAAAAAUUUAUAUUCUACUUGUACUGUUAUUAAUGAAUUCAAUGUUUUAUUAGAAUUACAAUUAUGUAUAUUAGAUAUGUUAUGUAAAAAAAAUAAAAUAUUAAAAAAAUUGAUAACAUCCUAUAUAUUAAGUUCCCCGAGUAAUAAUGUAAGUCAUAUUUCUUUGUUUAUACGUUAUGAUAUUGUUCAUUACACUAACUUGGAUAAAAGUAUGUCCAAAUAUUUAAAGAAUACUACUCAUAUUAAUAUUAUACAAUUUUGUACAGAACUAAUUUAUAAUUUAAUCAUUCAAAAGAAAUAUUUAAAAUGUGAACAUUUAAAAAAAUCAAUUAAAAAAAUUGUUAAAAUUGAUAAAAUUUUAUCAAAUGAUAAUAAAUAUAUUCAUAUCCCACAUGCCGAAAAAAUGCAGUUAAAAAAUGUACAAGAUAGAUUGAUACAAAUGAUUAAGCAAAUUAAAAGAGAAAGAAAAUAUUCAAAAAGGAACACACAGGAACAAGGUGUGCAACAAGAAAACAAUGAACAGGUUGAAAAGGGUCCACCUGAUUUAACAGUACAAAAUAUUGAAAAGGAUAAAAAAUGUGGGAAGGAAGAAAUAAAAUUGUUAAGAACAUUGACUGAAUAUAUAUGCAUUACAAAAGAACAAAAAAGAAACAAUAAUAAUAACAAUAAUAAUAACAAUAAUAAUAAUAAUAAUAAUAAAUGUGAUUUGGAUGGUGUAACAAAUAAAAUACAUAAUGAGGAGGUUAAAAAAAAAGAUAACAAAAAUGAAAAAGAAGUAGAACAACAAAAUAAAUUGAUUAAUAUGCAAAAUUCAAAGGAAAUGGUAUCAAAUAAUAAAAAUAAAAAGGAACAUUAUUUGUUAAGCAAACUAAAAAUAGAAUAUGAUAAUAAUAAUGUAGAUGAAAAUACAAUGUUCCUAUUGGAAAAAUUAAGUUAUGAAAAUAAGAUCGUAGAUUCAGAAGAAAUUAUAGAAAAGGAAGUUGUAAAGAAUAUUAAUCAUACAAAAAAUGUUAACAUAGAAAAUCAAAAUAAAAUAAUAUCAAAAGAUAAAUUAGAUACCAUAUACCCUAAUGUAAAUGAUAAUAUUAAUAAUAAAUAUGUAACAAAUGUCGAAAUGGAUAAUUUAAAUAUUAUGAAUAAAGAAGAAGAUAUAAAUAAUUUAAGUGAUCAUUCUAUAUUAUCUUAUAAGUCUUUAACAUCAACUUCGCAGGAUAACAAUAUUGAUACUGCAUCUUCCCUUUCUUCGAAAUCAUUUUCUGCAUCUUAUGAUGAGGAUGAACAUUCGAAUAUUUCAUCGUAUCAUUUUUCAGAUUGUUCAUCUACUAUAUCAGAUACAUCCGUUAUAAGUACCUUUUCGUUAUCGUAUUAUAAUUUUGACGAGAACAUUUCAAAAGAAAAUAAUGAACAUAAUAAAAAUGAACAUAAUAAAAGUGAACAUAAUAAAAAUGAACAUAAUAUAAAUGAACAUAAUAAAAAUGAACAUAAUAAAAGUGAACAUAAUAUAAAUGAACAUAAUAAAAAUGAACAUAAUAAAAGUGAACAUAAUAAAAAUGAACAUAAUAAAAAUGAACAUAAUAAAAAGGAUGAACUCAAUAAAUGUGAUGAUAAUUCGAAUAAUAUUUUAAGUGAGAAAGAUAAAUAUUCUAAUAAAAAAUAUUUAAACAAAAAAUCCUUUUAUUUAUAUGAUGUAUUUAAUAUAGAGCCAAUAAAAUAUAAAUAUUUGCCCUCACCCCCAAUAAUAAAUGAAGAGAAAGGAGUAAUUAUUGCGUGUCUUUUUGCUGAGUGGUAUUUUAUUUAUAAAAAUUACUUAAAUAUUUUAAAGAUGAGUAUAUCGAAUGAUAUGCAAGAUGUAGUAAAUCAACAACACAAAGUAAAAUGCAUAAAUUUUUUUCGAAAAUUAUCAAAGAAUGGCUUUUUAAAUAUGGAUGAAGAAACUGAUCAGUUCCUAUCUCAUUCCAUUAAUAUUUCGGUUAAUAUAGCUUUGUACAAUUUAGAAAAGGAUAAUAUGUUACAAGAGGAAUUAUUCGAAAGAAUUCAAAAUAAAGAAAAUAAUGAAAAUGAACUAAUGGAUGAUGAUAUGAAAGAAAAAAAUGACGUAAAAAAUGUAUAUACCCCUCUUUAUGACGAUGAGAAAAAAGAUAUGAAUAAAGAACAAAAAAAUGAUAAUCAUGCAAAGGUACAGCUUAUGGAUUUACCUAAGAAUGAAAUAGAUAAAAAUGAUGAAGAGAAUUUAAAAGAAUGUCCAAGUGUAAGUGAAUUAUUAAAUUAUAAUUAUAUAGACUCAUGGACAAAGAUGAUUAUUACAAUGCUAAAAUUAGUUGAUAUCGAAAAAAUAUCACCAAUUUUUAUAUUACAAAAAGUGUUAAAUCUUAUAUGUAGAGUAAUACAUAAAAAAUAUGAAAGUGAAAAGAAACAUUUUAAUCAAAGACCAUAUUUUAGAUUAUUACAUUGUUUAUUAAUUGAUAUUAAUGAGCAAUGUAUUUAUUCAAAUGAUUUAUUGAUAUAUUUAAAUUGUUUUUCUGAAAUAUUUCUUUUAUUAUCACCUUUAAGAAUUCCUGCUUUUUGUUUUUCAUGGGUUGAACUUAUAUCAUCAAAAUAUUUUAUGCCCAAAUUUUUGUCAAAUAUUUGUGGAUGGGAUAAUUAUAAAAAAUUAUUAAUUCAUCUUUUUACAUUUUUAAAAUGUUUUUUAAAAAAAAUACAAGUAUCCAAAGCAAUUGAAUCAUUAUAUAUAGGAACAUUAAGAAUACUUUUAAUAUUAUUACAUGAUUUUCCAGAAUUUCUAGCUAGUUAUUAUGUUACUUUAUGUAGUAUAUUUCCAAUCAAUUUUAUUCAAUUAAGAAAUCUUGUACUUUCUGCAUUUCCAAGAAAUAUUAAAUUACCUGAUCCAUUCAUGUCAGAUGUCAAAAUUGAUUUAUUACCAGAAAUUAAAAUAGUACCAAAAAUUUUAACAAAUAUAAGUUUCUUACUUUUUAAAAAUCGUUUGAAAUUUUUAUUAGAUGAAUAUUUUCACAAAAAAGAUUAUAACCUAUUGUUCCAAAUAAAAGAUAAAUUAUUACUUCCUAAAAAUAAAAUAUAUCAAUCAUUUAUUAAAUAUGAUGUGGAUAUUAUAAAUUCUUUAACUUUAUAUGUAGGAACAUAUAUAUGCAAAGCUAAAGUUAAUAACCUUUUUAAAUUUAAUAAUAAUUGUGACCCCAUAAACUUGACCAAAUAUUCAGAUGAUUCAACUGAUGAUAACACAGCCAUAUUACAAGAACUAAUUUUAGAAAAUGAACAAGACAAUUUAAACAAAGGGAAAAAAAAAAAUAAUAAAAAAUGUAAUAGUAGGACAAUAUCAAAGAAAGAACAAAGUAAAUUAAAAAAUGAAAAAAAUAAUUUAUCUAAAAAAUAUGUUGAACUUAUGAAAGACGAAUAUAAUGAACCUAAUCAAGCUAAUGAAGAAGAACCAAAAACAUCAACAAAAUUGAAUAGUAAUAUAAAUGGAUCUAUCGAAAGUCGAAAGGAAAAGAACAAAUCUGUUAUAGUUGUUAAGAAUAAUUUAUCAUAUACUCUUUUUUUAUUUUUAUCAAAAGAAUUAGAUAUGGAAGGUCGAUAUUUAUUAUUAUCAAACAUUGUUAACCAUAUAAGAUAUCCAAAUUCACAUACUCAUUAUUUUUCAUGCCUCAUAUUAUUUAUUUUCUCUCAAUCGAAUGAUAUAAUAAUACAAGAGCAAAUUAUUAGGGUCUUAUUAGAACGUAUAUUGGCACAUCGACCCCACCCUUGGGGAUUAUUGAUAACGUUUAUAGAACUUAUAAAAAAUACAAAAUUUAACUUUUGGGAAUGUCCUUUUGUACAUGAAGCAGCAGAAAUAAAAAAACUUUUUCAAUCAGUAGCGCAAGCAUGCCUAGGGCGCGUUUAA